UUAACUACUGGCUGUUUUUGUUUACAAACUGCAAGGUUUCACAACGAGCCUAAACAAUGCAAUUUGCACGUGUACCAUUACACUUAAAAGCUAUAAAAUUUGAAAUACUUUGACAUUAUACAAUUAGUACCUGACAUUACAUUACUCGGCCUUGUAUGAAAAUGCCGAUGUCAACAGCGGUCAAGCAUAUUUUCAUCACUGGUGCCAACAGGGGAAUUGGCUUCCAGCUAAUAAAGAAAAUGCUGCCCGAGUUUAAGCCCGAGAAAGUCUUUGCCACUUACAGAGACCCUGAAAAAUCAAAGGAGUUGAAGGACUUUGCCGCACAUCAUCCAAAUGUACAACUGAUUCAAUUAGACAUCAGAGACUUUGACAAAUACGAGGAAGUGGCGAUGGUUGUGGAUGCUGCAACUGAGGGACAAGGUCUUAAUUUGCUCAUAAACAAUGCAGGCGUUACAUCAAAAGUUGCUAAAAUCACAGCGAUCCGGAAAAGUGAAUUGACUGACAAUUUUGAAACAAACACCAUUGCACCCAUCUUACUCACAAAGGCCCUGCUUCCACUACUGGAGAAAGCCAGUGGAUUGAACCCCGACUCUCCGGUCGGGGUGGGAAGAGCUGCUGUUGUUAAUGUGUCUUCAAUUUUAGGAUCCAUACAAGGCAAUGAUCAGGGUGGAAUGUAUGCAUAUCGAUGUAGUAAGGCAGCCUUAAAUGCAGCUACAAGAUCAAUGAGCCUGGACUUUAAAAAAUCCAAGAUAAUUGCCGUUGCCCUGCACCCAGGGUGGGUAAAGACUGACAUGGGAGGACCUAAGGCGCCUUUGACCACUGAAGAAGCCACAUCAGGCAUUGUAACAUUGCUCAAAAGUCUUGGAACAAAACACAAUGGGCAGUUUUAUCAGCAUGAUGGAAAACAACUUGAUUGGUAAUUGGUAUUCAAGUUCUAAACUUGUACGGUCAUUCUAGUCAUACAUAAGAACUAACUAUGGAAUAAAGCAAUCAUAUAGAGAACCCAAAUUUUGGGUAUAUUUUAUUUAAA